CGCGUCCGCCGCGAGUUGGACGCGCCGCCGGCGAGCGGCGGAAGCUGGAACUGGCCCCUGGCGGAGCCCAACAGGCUACUCUCCAUGAUAGCAUCAGAGAGCAGAGCGCUGCAAGAAUGGCUCGCGGCCGCGCUGCGGCGACGCGGCGCCCCGAGCCAGGGGCGCCCGUGGACUCUGGUUAUCGGGCAUGAUGAGUUCAUCCCUGGCGGCAUGUUCAGCGUCGGCGACGGCGGGAAGAGCAUGAACUUAUCGCUCGCGUUCCUGGAGCUUGGGGCGCACCACAUUCGCAGUGACAACGCGCGGUUCACGCCUGCGGUUGUUCGCCACAGCUGGUUCAAGCAGGUCCAGGGCGGCUGGGGCGCCAUGUUUGGCAAGUACCUGAAGCUGCACCUGCUGUCUCCGACUGGCCUUGCGACGGCAGGCGCCCCUAUCAGUGUCUUCGGCACGGACAUCCUCAUCUUCGCACGCAUCGCGUUCAUGAUCGCCGAUCUCGAUGGGCACCGCAUGUCGUUGAACAGCAGCGGUGCCACCGGCGUCAGGCCGCGCACGCGACAUUGCAACGCGCUCAAGAAAAACUCAGGCACGGCGGAGUUGGACCCGGCAAGAUUCGUUGAGAUUUCUUGUGCAGAUCCGACGCGGUUCCGACUGCGCACCAAUGCAGAUGCGUUCGUUGCUGCUGAUUUUGUCUGCGCGGCGCGCGCUCGGUGGACUGCAGGGGCGUUGGCGAAGGACCGCUGCGAGAAACUGCAAAUGACGCGCGGGCUCAAGCCCGCGCCCCGCGGCAUCCUGCUGGGCCCUGAAUUGCGCCGCCACGCGGACGCAGUGGGCAGCGCUGUCAUCGAUUGGGUCCGCACGGCGCGCGGGGAUGGGCUGGACGUCAAAUUCGAGGAUCUCCGAGAGUACAUGACGGACGGGUGGCUGCCCCCUGCGCAUGAGGGAGCGAAGUCGAAAGAGUUGCGCAAAAUAUUCGACGAGCGCC